AUGCCUGAUGCCCUUUUCAAUGAAGAAGAUGAGAUUUUCCAAGAAGCAGUAUCGCGCUGUCAGUACCGGCCAGGAAUUCCAAUAACUGAAGAUAUUCAAAAACACUGCCAUAUCUUCCUAGAUGAACAGCUAUAUGGGAGUGCUCUCACGCUCCUAGGGGAUCUCGUCACGUCUGGCGCAUCCCAUCCAGAAGCUCAGGACAAGCCAGCUUUUGUCCCAAUACCAUACCAUAUCGAACUUGUCAGCGCCCUACUCAUUCACCCCCUCCAUACAAGCCAAUCGCCCCCAGACGAGCGUUCCGAGCUCGCGUCAAAAUCAAUCACCUUCCUGCGCAACACGCUUCUUAUUCUUGGGCCUGUAAAUGCGAAUCUCGUCGAAGCAUUUUCUCUUUCUCCCCUCACAUCUACCAGAACCACGAGACGUAAUAGGAAUGCAUUGGAACAUGAUGAAGGCGUCAGCGGCUCUGAUACUACAGACGAUAAGGUAGAGCUAGUGAAAGGGAUCAUUGGAAAUAAAGGCAGGAUACGGAACUGUGCAACGGAUUUUUGGCAUAUUGUGGGGUGGGCGUUCAAUUGUAGCGUUAAGUACCCCAAGAGAUGGCAGUAUUGGAAAGUCUACCUCGACUAUAUGCUAGAUGUUUUGGAUGCAGAUUGGAAAGAGCGGGAACGGCUGGAUCGUGAGGGCAUGAGGGGCGUUGACGGGGAGUGCGACUAUACUAUGGUGCAGAAAGGUCUGCUUAUGAACUACCUGUCGGAAGUUGGUCAAAAAUCAAGCGCUAUGAGGCGUGUUGUGAGAUCCGUGUUCGCUGACGCGGGACCCGACAGUCUGAAGGAGUUUCCGGAGGUAUUCGUCGGUAGCGAAACAAAGGACAAGAAUGGGCAGAAACGCAAAAGAGCGGAUACCAUGGAUCACCAAUUCGGAGAUUAUGAAGAAGAAGCUGACUAUGCGGACGGCUACUCAUCGCCCAUGCAAGCCGAGGACAAGGACGAGGACGAAAUGCCUAUAGCUUUGGUGGAUCCGUAUUUAGGAGGCACAGAAUCGAUUGCUCUGCGGCAGCGUGUUCUGACAUUGCUCUCACGCGCAUCAUUCUACUUCCAAGAUGAACUCACCCCCCUUACUAAUCUCUACGAAAUGGUCUUCACUUGCCUAAAACAAGCCCCCAUCCCCGCCUUCUCCCUCUUUAUGUCUCCUUCAACAAACUCCUUCCUUCACCUACAACUCUUCGUCUCCCUCACCCUCUUAGUCCUCAAACUCCUCCUCCCAAACAAUGCCCCCUCUCCCCACUCAAUCACGUCCAACGACGCGGAUGACCUCACCCAAGAAGUGCUCGAGAAAUGCUUUCUCCCUUUCCCGGCUUCUACUUCCUCUACGGACGAGAAUGCCAAGGUGUCGAUCUUGGUGGAGAACUGCCUUAGACUGUUUUUGAGGAGUUGUGAGUGUUGGUAUACGCCGGAGCUGGGUGAGGCUAUCGAGAGGGGAAUUAAGGCGAGGGAUGACAAGUGUAAGGGAGAGAAGAAGCCGAAGGAUGUGGGGGCGAGAAAGAGGCAGGAGACGGCGAGGGAGUGGUUGGGGGCUAGUGCUGGACGAUUGAGGAGUGUGCUUGCUUUUAUAGAGGUCAGGACGGCGAAUGAUUGGAAUAUUGAGUGA